AGUGGAAGAGGUUAUUGACGAGCUACCUGAAGACGACGCAUAGACGAUGAGGUUUGGGAAGAGCUAUUUUUGUUUGUGCAUAUUGUAUACUAUAACCUUCUAUAUCGGAUGACUAGGGACAGGUCAUGGCUUUUGAGGCACCCAUGACGCUGACGGCACUGCUCUGAGAGCGAAUAGGUUACGCGGGUAUACCCUCGACUUUACAACUUUUGCUUGGCUGGAUAUUGGAGGUUAAGGGCUAGUUGAUCUUUAGCCCCCGAGCUUAUGAGAGACUUAAAGGAAUUUUAUGGCGUCUGUUGCAUUGAUGUUCUUGGAGCUUCGAGCUAACUUAGUAUUUCUAAGUGCGACCUCCUAAUGAAAAGGAGUAACUUUAAAGAUGAAGGCAAGUCAUAGCAAAGGUCUUAGCGCUUUUGCUUUGGAUAUAAAUUCUGGGUGAUGGGAUCGCUCUGUAUCGAUCAUGAGCUUUUCCCAUGAUACCAACCUUUUCUGAUCGGAUGCCUGACUUAUAUUACGCUUAACGAGAUGGAGCCGAUAACUAAAUGCACCUGCGUACUCCGUACCGCAACCACGCCCGGACUUGGAUUCGAGAUUUUCACACCGGAAUUCCUCGGCACGUUCGCGGUAGUCUUCCCCUUAGCGGCAUACCCGUUCAUGUUCUCAGAUCGGGACCGAACCUGCCAACACGUCCUUGGCUUGGCGGCCAUGUUCUCCUUGAUCGUCCAAAUAGUCAAUAGCUAUGCCUGGGCUGCGGGUUACGAGUAUACCGAAUUCUCGCCCUGGCUGCCCCCCUUGAGGAUAUUCUCCGCGUUCCUCAGCCUCUGGGACGCGCACGGACAUGAGUCGGAUGUCAACUGGCGGCCGGUGCCUUUUGUCGACCCCGAGGCCAAAUAUGUCGUACUGACAUUCUACAUGUUCAUAUUUCACAUCUUUACACACAUCUUUACACACAUCCUUUCUCACAUCGAAGAAGAACCGUCAACCUCGAUACACGACGCAUUCCAUCUCGUGGCCUCGGUCUUUGUCCUUUUCAGGUUUGCUUGUGCCAUCUAUGAAGACUUCAUGAAGAUCACGGCCACGAUAUACCAUCGCCUCGCAACACGGCGCGUUCCCGGCUGGUUUUGGAUCCAUGCCGACGAGCCCGGUUUGUUCAGGCCUAGAUGGAGCGUCGUACUUACGGUGGUUGUGGGUAUAUCCGCGCCGGUGCUGGCGUUUUUAUGGGCGUAUAGCAUGGGAUAUAUCGUGACAAUAAGCCAGAAUUCUAGCUUCUCUACUGGGUUUGCGCCCGAUACCAACUCGUGGCAUUGUUCUUGUACGUGGAGUCACCUCCGUGGGGAUGGCGAAAAUGUCCUAUAGUGUAGGAGGGAAAAGAUAGGUAGACUUGAGUUGCUAGUCGAAGGAAUAUAUGUAUCUUAUAAAAAUGAUACCUGGGUACUUGGGUCAUAUACCUGUGGUAGUUAUGUGGCGGUGGUGGCUUGUAUGUAUGUAUCCGUACAUAUAUGUCUUUAAAGUUGC